UAUUGCCCAUGACAAACUUUCAUUCCUCUUCGACGGUGAAUAUGUGUGAAAAAUGACGAAAAUGUCUAAUAUCUACAUUUUAAAGGCUUUAUAGUAACAUAUCGCGGCGUGUGAUAUUGAAAUAUGAAUAUUCGUAACCUAUUGAGACAUCUUUGAAUAAUUUUGUGUUGAAUGAAACAGUUUUAUAAGGAACAUAGGGAAAAUGUUAUUGUGUGCUAAGUUUUAUAAUGGCGGCCCGUCGCGUCCCCCGCGCCUCCAUUUCGAUGACAGUCAAAUUAUGACAAUGCCGAGACGUGAACUUAUGAAAACAGUGGUUGUUAUAGUUUUUCAAUAGUGCAUUACAUUAAACUAGUAAAGGACUGAAAAUGAAUCAGGAUCAUCAUAAUAUAAAUACGGGUGGUGGCCAGCCUCCAACCAAUUCGGAGUCUCAGAAUGCGAGAGUUCAGUCUGCCCAGCAGCAACAGCAGCAGCAACAGUCUAAUUUGACGCCAACAACAUCUGCUACCGACUUACGAGUUAACUCUGCAGCUGUGAACGUAGCUUUGUCAAGCGUGGCCAAGUACUGGGUGUUUACAAACCUCUUUCCCGGCCCAUUGCCGCAGGUUUCAGUCUACGGUUUACCAGGCACAAGGAUUGAAAAUGGAAAACCAGUUCAGGACCUUGGUCAAGCACAUGCUAGUAUACUAAAUGGUGACCCCAAUAUUAUACUGGGGCAUGCUGGGCAGCCUCAAGUCACUGUGUCUGCGGGAGGCCAGCAAAUUCCUGUCUCUCAAAUAAUUGCUACACAGGCUGGCCAUGAUGGUCUGGUGGGGCACAGCCAGCAGCAAGAUGCUUCAGCAAACACUGCACAACUGGCAGUGGCAGGCCAGACCUCCCAGCAGGUACCCAAUAACCGGGUGGAAUUUGUACAACACCAUAACAUUGAUAUGGGUCACCAUUCCCAGCAGCAUCUGUUGCAGCAACAGCUGAUGGCAGCAGCUCGGCCGGACCAUGCCAACCAGCAGAUCCAACUGACCGUCAGCGAGGAUGGUAUCGUGACGGUGGUGGAGCCGGGUGGUGGAAAACUGGUUGACAAGGAAGAAUUGCAUGAAGCUAUUAAGAUGCCCACAGACCACACCCUUACUGUGCACCAGUUGCAACAGAUUGUGGGGCAUCAUCAGGUAACCCAGGAAGUCAUCGACAGUGUGGUCCGUAUCGAGCAAGCCACAGGCGAGCCGGCUAAUAUCCUCGUGACACAGAAUCCUGAUGGCACGACAUCUAUAGAAACCAGCGCCGUAGAUCCUCUACUUGUCAAAGAUGAGAAAAGCGUCGCUAAAAUAGAUUCUGCGCAGUUCGCCAUACCCGCCGAUAUUAAGGACAUCAAAGGAAUCGAUUUAAAGAGCGCAAUGGGUAUGGAAGGGGCGGUGGUAAAGAUUUCAACGGGCUCCGAGCAUGAUCUUCACACAAUGUACAAAGUGAAUGUGGAGGAUUUGUCCCAACUCUUGGCAUAUCAUGAAGUGUUUGGAAAACUAAGUGCUGAAGGACAACAGCAAGCUAAGGUGAUAAAUGACGUAGAUGUGGAAGUGGCUGGCACCAGUGCAGCUAUGUCCGAAGCUGAAUCUUCUCCCGGACACCACGCAUGCGAUAUCUGUGGAAAGAUAUUCCAGUUUCGAUACCAGCUUAUUGUCCACAGACGGUACCACGGCGAGAGCAAACCUUAUACGUGUCAAGUUUGUGGAUCCGCUUUCGCCAAUGCAGUUGAAUUAUCAAAACACGGAAAAUGUCACCUUGCGGGUGACCCAGCCGAGCGUCAAGCAAAAAGAUUGGCUCAAGACAAACCGUAUGCCUGUUCCACGUGCCACAAGACAUUCUCGCGGAAGGAGCAUCUCGAUAAUCACGUUCGGAGUCACACCGGAGAGACGCCAUACAGGUGUCAGUACUGCUCGAAGACGUUCACUCGCAAGGAGCACAUGGUCAACCACGUGCGGAAACACACGGGCGAGACGCCACACCGCUGCGAGAUCUGCAAGAAGAGCUUCACGCGCAAGGAGCACUUUAUGAAUCACGUCAUGUGGCAUACCGGUGAAACGCCGCACCAUUGUCAAAUAUGUGGAAAGAAGUAUACUAGGAAGGAGCAUUUAGUGAACCAUAUGCGAUCCCAUACAAAUGAUACACCGUUUAAAUGCGAACUGUGCAGCAAGUCCUUCACCAGGAAGGAGCACUUCACCAAUCACAUAUUGUGGCAUACGGGUGAAACACCCCAUCGCUGCGACUUCUGUUCAAAGACCUUCACACGCAAGGAACAUUUACUCAACCACGUGCGUCAACACACCGGGGAAUCGCCGCACCGGUGCAACUUCUGCGCGAAGUCAUUUACGCGUCGCGAACAUCUCGUGAACCACGUCCGACAGCAUACCGGGGAAACGCCCUUCCAGUGUGGCUACUGCCCCAAAGCCUUCACCAGAAAGGAUCAUCUCGUGAACCACGUCCGUCAACACACCGGGGAAUCCCCACACAAGUGUUCAUACUGUACGAAGUCCUUUACACGCAAAGAGCAUCUGACCAAUCACGUACGCCAACAUACCGGGGAGUCACCACAUCGAUGUACCUACUGCUCUAAGUCAUUCACAAGAAAGGAACAUCUUACCAAUCAUAUUAGACAGCAUACGGGGGAGACUCCCCACAAGUGCACGUAUUGCCCGCGCGCGUUCUCCCGGAAGGAGCAUCUGAAUCAACACAUCAGGCAACACACCGGGGACAUGCCGCACACCUGCACAUACUGCAGCAAGACCUUUACCAGGAAGGAGCAUCUAGUUACUCAUGUUCGGCAACACACUGGGGAGACACCAUUCAAAUGCCCAUACUGUGCAAAGUCCUUCUCAAGAAAGGAACACCUCACAAACCACGUCCACCUUCACACUGGGGAAACUCCACACAAAUGUCCUUUCUGCACUAAGACAUUCUCCAGAAGGGAACAUUUAACAAACCAUGUUCGGAUACACACGGGUGAAUCUCCGCACAGGUGCGAGUUUUGUCAAAAGACGUUCACACGCAAAGAACACCUCACAAAUCACAUGAAACAGCACACAGGUGACACGCCACACGCGUGUAAAGUGUGCUCCAAGCAUUUCACCAGAAAGGAGCAUCUUGUUACUCAUAUGAGAUCACACAGUUGCGGCGACCGACCGUACAGUUGCGGUGAAUGCGGGAAAUCGUUCCCGUUGAAAGGCAACCUACUAUUUCACGAACGGUCACACAAAAGUGGCAACACGAAACAAUUCCGCUGCGAAAUCUGCUCUAAGGAGUUCAUGUGUAAAGGUCACUUGGUGUCCCAUCGACGAACGCAUUCGGACGGGGGCGAUGGUGGGACGAAUUCCGAACCGACUGCCGAGAACGAGGAAUGCGGUGAUUACGCCAAGUGUGAAGAUACCACUGAAAUGCCCGAGAGGAAACACGAUAUCCGAGCCACAAUAGAUAACAAAAGUAAUGACAACACUGGGACGCAAACUCAGCUGAGUACUGUUAUGCAAAUAACAAGCCAACAACCAGUUAGAGCAGGUGCGGUUUCGAGCGCGGCGAGCGUUGCGGCCGGCACGUUUACACACACGGCCAGCAACCAGCACCACGCUGGCACGACCAUUGCCCACCAUCCCGUAACCGUGAACUACUAGCAUACACCCACCACGCCGGAAACAGAUCCGAUGAUACUCUUCAUGCAGAGCUGAUAGGCCACUGUAUGAUGAAUUGGAUAUUAGUGUGCGUUUAGGGGAUGUCUAUAGCAGAGACAAAGCGUAAAGUGAAACAGUGUUGCAAUGCGUUGGAAAAAUCGACGUUAUUCCGUGUAAAUAAAAACGUCUAAACAAAAGUCGAUGAAAAGAGAAUGCAAAUAGAAUUUAACGUUAAAUUUACGAGCGACAGAAAAGAACACAGUGUCUUUUGGCAUGCAUGCUAAUAAUGUCAAA